AUGUACCGGGGCUCCUUCGCACCACCGCCUGCGCAAUCGCCGCCUCUUCAUCACCCUGUCCCGCAACAUGUGUCCACCGUUCCAAUGAUGCGCUCACCACCGCCUCCGUCAUCCCAGCAGACUCCAAACGCCGGAUAUGGCGGGGGAGGUAAUCCAUACCAGCCUUCAUCUGCACAAGGAGGCGGCGGUGCCUAUGGCCCUGGGUUUGGGGGCUUUAUGAGUGACCCUACCGCACAAAUGGGAUUCCAAGUUGGGCAGACUGCCAUGAAGGCUGGCCAAGAGUACAUGGAGCAAAAUUUCAAUCGCUACGUGUCGAUUCCGGCUUUGAAACAUUACUUCAAUGUGUCCAACUCAUACGUUUUGCGGAAACUCGCCCUCGUCCUCUUUCCAUGGCGACACAAGCCCUGGUCGCGCCAACAAGCUAGAGUCGCCGGAAAUGCUACCGGUCCCAACGGUCAAAUCAUUCAACAGCAAUAUUCAUCCAUGUUCCUACCACCGCGGGACGAUCUCAACUCCCCGGAUAUGUACAUCCCCGUCAUGGCGCUCGUCACAUACAUUCUGUUGUCAGUGCUACUGGCUGGAUUCCGUGGUAACUUCCACCCCGAACUACUGGGAUCAAUCACGACUACAGCCAUUGCAGUCAUCGUCUUCGAAAUUCUCUGCUUGAAAAUGGCCAUGUACAUUCUGAGUAUCAACAACGACUCCCAGCUUCUGGACUUAGUCGCAUACUCUGGAUACAAGUUUGUUGGUAUCAUCAUCACCUUGGUGGCCUCUGAAAUCCUCACACCCGAACGAGGCACAAGUGGAUGGGUCGGCUGGACGGUCUUUGUGUACACCUUCUUGGCGAAUGCGUUCUUCCUGCUUCGUUCACUCAAGUAUGUGCUGCUUCCCGAUUCGACCGACUCGACGAUGCGCAAUGGCGGUAUGCACACUGUUGCUCGCUCUCAGCGAAACCGUCGGACACAGUUCCUGUUCAUAUAUUCGUACUUGAUCCAAUUCGUGUUUAUACCCGCCGCGAGUGGCCCGCUAAGCGAGAGUUGUGUGGGCACAUCCGAAAUUCGCAAAGCCGACUUGGACAAACCGACACUUUCGACAACAACCCCCCGACACAACCUAACCCGGUCGACCGUGAGUGCCGCUGCUACAACCGUACGAUUGAGAAGACAAGAAGAACAGACCGCUGAGACUUUUUCCUGCACAUUCCAGAAAUUCGCGAUGGCCGAUAUCGACGUUAAGCUCGCUUCCUGGAAGCUGGUCGAGGUUGGCCGCCUCGUCCUGAUCCGCCGCGGCCCCUUCGCUGGCAAGCUCGCUGCCAUCGUCGAGAUUGUUGACCACCGCCGUGUCCUGGUCGACGGUCCCUCCGGUGAGGAGCAGAAGAUCGUGCCCCGUCACGUUCUGCCUCUCGCUCACGCCACUCUCACCCACUUCGUUAUCCCCCAACUUCCCCGUGCUGCCGGUACCGGCCCCGUCAAGAAGCUGUGGGCCAAGAACGAGAUCGAUGGCAAGUGGGCCAGCUCUGGCUUUGCUCAGAAGACCGAGCGCACUGAGCGCCGGAAGAACCUGACCGACUUCGAGCGCUUCAAGGUUCUGCGUCUCCGCAAGCAGGCCCGCUACGAGGUCCAGAAGUCCCACGCCAAGGUCAAGGCUGCCGCCGCCAAGUCAUAA